AUGUCCAACCCAAUUGCCACCUACGGCUUCACAGCCGUGCCAGCCUCUGCCUCCGCCCUACUCACCUCAACACCAGCAUAUCCAAGCAGCAGCACUAAAGCAGAGCCUAUCCCCGUCUCCGCAACUCCAAUCCCAUCCAGCGAGCUAGCUCAGCGUAUAAACUCGUACGCCCGGUCUCACCUCCCAGAACCAACGUAUAACCACUCCUUGCGCGUAUACCACUUCGGCCUUGCCAUUAAGCGAUACCGCUUCGCCCACGCAGACUGGGAUUUCUCCGACGAGACCUACUUCCUUGCAUGUGUGCUGCACGAUAUCGGAACGACGGACGAGAAUCUGCAGAAGACGAAGAUGAGCUUCGAGUUCUACGGAGGAUUCUUGGCAUUGGAGGUAUUGCAGGAUGGGGAUGGUGGGGCGCCGCAGGACCAGGCGGAGAGUAUUGCGGAGGCUAUUAUUCGGCAUCAGGAUCUUUGUGAUGUGGGGAAGAUCACUGCGCUGGGACAGUUAUUGCAGCUGGCGACUAUCUUUGAUAAUACCGGCGCCUAUGCCGAUUUGGUCCAUCCUGAUACUAUUAAAGAUGUGUCGGAGCAUUUCCCGCGUCAUGCUUGGAGCCAGUGCUUUGCUUCCACGAUCCAUCGUGAGAACGGCCUGAAGCCGUGGGCGCAUACCACGGCCCUGGGCGAGGAGGCUUUCCCGGCUAAAGUGCUUGCGAACAAGCUGAUGGAGCCGUUUGAAUAA